GUUAAUUUGUUAACUGUUAACCAACAUUUUGCAACAAAGUGAGCAGCAAGAUCAAAAAUAGGUCGGCAAAAAAGUUCGCACGCACUCUAAAAAAAUAUUUUUUAAACACUUGAUAUUCUAUUUCAUUAAAAGCUUCUGGCGUAUCAAGUAGGUAACUGAAACAAUGCUAAGUUAGGGCUUCACAUAAAUAAUAUUUUACAAGGUAAACAUGUGUACUUAUCAAAAGACACUUGUUAUCGUAUAAUAGAAACAAAAUUUUUUGAGGAUAAGAACUUAAGUCAAUUCCAUGGAAUCAACACUAGUAGAUAAUAUCCUGGGAGCAUUAAUGCACUUUAUGUUCCCCAUCAAGAUGUUACUCCGGCUUUAUUCCUUAUGUAUCUUGAUGGUGGACAUGAUGUGGGUGGUGGUGAAUGCUAUAUAUGCAGUACUGCAAGCAGUUUAUGAGUGCUUCAAGCCACCACCCUUGAAAUCUGUCAGAUUGGAGACUGCUCUGGUUAUCGGCUCCGGAAGAGGGGUAGGUCGAGAAAUAGCGAUACAGUUGUCUGAACUUGGAGCAAUAGUGCUUUGUGUUGACAAAAACAAAGCAAACAAUGAUAACACCGUUGAGAUCAUCAAGCGUAAAGGAGGUUCUGCAGCCGGCUUCGUUUGUGAUAUCACUAAGCAGGAGAAUGUGAAGAGAUUGGCUCUAGAGGUCAAGAAAGACCUUGGUUUUGCAACUAUGAUUUUCUACUGUUGUGGAAUACCAAGCCCAAGGUCCCUAUUGACACAGCCCCCACAAGAUAUUCAUGAUACUCUGAAUCUAACUCUGACUGCUUACUUUUGGCUACUUGAUUACUUCAUGCCGGACAUGAAAGCCAAGAAUCACGGGCAUAUAGUGGCAUUGACCUCCGUGGCUGGCAUUAGCUAUAUCAAGAACCAAAUGCCGCUGAGUGUUGCCCAGUUUGCAGUCCAGGGGUUUGCAGAAUCUCUUAUGGAAGAUCUCAGGAUAAAUAAAGUUGACGGAGUCCACGUCACACUGACACAUAUUUAUCCAUUCAUUGUUGAAGAAAGUUCAGAUUUGAAGCCGAAAAUACCUUCAUACUUCGGCACAAUAACUCCCGCGCUGGCGGCGUCGUCAAUAUUGGACAGCGUCCGCCGCAACUACCCCGAAGCUUCAGUACCCAAGCACCUGCUGUACCUCGGCCACCUGCUGCGAGUGCUGCCGCGGAAGGCGACCGUCCUCAUCAGGGACCUCCUCGAUACUGGAGUGGACUUCGCUUGAACUGUGCAUUUUUGUAAAUGUAACCUUAAGUGUCAAAUAGUGCCAUUUCAGCCAGGUUAGGCACAUAGUUGUAGUGAAUUCCCAGUGUGUGAAGUUGUGAUGUUAGCUCACAGGGCUUUUCUGUACUGAUGUAAUGAUGAUUGAAGUUUUUAUCAUACAUUUUUGUAUAUUAAGUAAGUACUUGUUGGUACAGGGAGAUUCUAUCGACCGCCGCCAACUAGGAGUUAUCCAGAUUGAAAUGCUCGGGGUGAAAUGGUCCCAGAGUGGGAGGACCAAUCACCAUCCAUCGGGUGGUUACUUCGGCGUUCCUAACCAGAUGUAAUAAUAUUAUAUAAUAAAAGAAAAAAUAUUUAUAAUAAUUGUUACUAAGUACUAAUGGGACCAAUGUUUUUAUACUCAAGUCAUGUCAGUCAAUAUGAGAAAUUAAGUAUUGUUACAAGACUAACUCAUCUGAAAUUAAGAAUGGUGGUCUAUGGCAUCAUGAAGAAUGAUGCGAUUUCAUUGCAGAAAAUCAUCAAUCACUAUAAACCCAGUACUUUUAUUUGUGUAGUGGCAAUCAUGAACUACGAAGAAAAUAUGUUUGAUCUUGUGAUGAAAUCUCAUUAUUUACUCCUAGAAGUUCCUUUUAUUUAGACUGAUUAAGUAUAAGCAAAUAAAUAGAAUGUCCUCUUGCUCCCAAAAAUUAUUUACAUGUUCAAAUUUAACAUUGAAUUCUAAGUCCUAUUUUUGAUAAUUAAACAAAAUAUGUAUUAGGUAUCUUUAUAAUGUGUUGUAUCCAUUUCAAUUUUAAAUGUAUGUUUUUUUUAAAUAAAAUAAUAUUUUUGUACCUUGUGUAUUAUGUAAUCUGUGACCUUGUAUAUAUAAUUACUAAUAAUACCUAUAAAAUAUGUAGUGCAUAUUUGCAGUGAGUUAGUUUUGAUAUCCUAAGCAGAAAAUAAUU